CUUUAACUUGUGACGGAUGUGGUCAUAAAGUUGUUUUUAACUCGUUUUACCAGAACGGUGCGAUAUUUUUACUCAUUUGGUGAAGAGCAGCGUCAUAAAUUCCAGGGACAUUUUGAUAAUAAUGCAAAGAAUGACUCCGACAGCAAUAUAGACGCAUUUACAGGUCAUGGUUGAAAACUCUCCGUCUCCUCUGCCCGAGAGGGCAAUUUAUGGAUUUGUUCUCUUUCUGGGUUCACAGUUUGGAUUCUUUCUUUACUGUCUUUGGGCGUACGUACCUGAGGAAUGGCUUCAUGCAGUAGGACUCACUUAUUGGCCUCAAAAGUAUUGGGCUCUAGCAGCGCCGAUCUAUCUGCUGGUUGCAUUGAUGGUCUUUGUGGUGGUGUUGUUUGGUAUAAACAUGAACAACACAGCCCCUCUGGACUCUGUGGACAACAUCACAGAUGCAUAUGCACAGGCCCAGAGGACAGAAUGCUACCGGAAGGGAGGAAUACCCCGACUGAAAGACGUCUCCAUCAGUGAAGUCAACAAAAUGUUUUACUCAUCACCUGAAACGUGACAGAAACAAGCACGUUGUGCAGCAGCCGAAGUGAAGUGACUUCAGAUUUAACUGGUAUUACUGUUUAGCUUUUAUUUAUAAACAUGGAUUGGGCUUUAUUUGUUUAUGAGAUGGCAAUAAAUCGGUUGACCGUUUUAUAAUCCUUUAUGCACCCAUGCUGGGAAGGUUUAGUGGUGAUGUGAUUUAAAAGCAACUGUUUAUUACACUGUAACACAACAUCAAGAUGUAUGAUUGUCAGAACAAUUAAUACCUUUGUUGUAAAAUAGCAUACAGUCAUUUAUAAUAAAAGUCAAACUCGAAGUUUUACUUGUUUUAUUUGAAUUACUUAUUUUAUAUGGUAGUCACAGAAAGCAAACAGAUACAGUACAGACCAAAAGUUUGG